CCCUCGGCGGGGAGGAUGACGGAGCUGCAGUCUGCACUGCUACUGCAAAGGCAGAUGGCAGAAAGCAACAAAAAUCCAGUGGAAGGCUUCUCAGCAGGUUGAAUACGUGACAAUGAUCUCUACUGAUGGAAAGUCAUUAUUGGUCCUCCAGAUACACUUUAUGAAGGCGGGGUUUUUCAGGCUCAUCUCACUUUCCCAAAAGAUUAUCCCCUUAGGCCUCCUAAAAUGAAAUUCAUUUCAGAAAUCUGGCACCCAAAUGUUGAUAAAAAUGGCGAUGCACGCAUUUCUAUUCUUCACGGGCCAGGGGAAGAUAAAUAUGGCUAUGAAAAGCCAGAGGAACACUGGCUGCCUAUUCACACCGUGAAAACCGUCAUGAUCAGUGUCAUUUUUAUGUUGCCAGAUCCUAAUGGAGAUUCACCUGCUAAUGUUGAUGCUGCAAAAGAAUGGAGGGAAGACAGAAAUGGAGAAUCCAAAAGGAAGGUUGCCCGCUGUGUAAGAAAAAGCAAGAGACUGCUUUUGAGUGACAUUUAUUCAACAGCGGUAACAUCACUCAUGUCAGGGUCUCCGACUGAGAAACAUGGCCCUGUAUUUCCUGCACUCAACCCACCUAUUGCUGGACUUCUGUUGUAACAAUUCGGCAAACACUGGCUGGAACUGGGCUGCAAUAAAACAUGUCAGUAUCAAUGCUGACAAGAGCCUUA